CUGGAGCUCUGCGGUUUUGGUUUGUCGCCGAUGAUGUUUUAUCUUAACGAGUCAGUUUCCGGACUGUUUUCUUGAUUUAAUUAUUUCGUUUAAGCGAAAACCAGGUGAACCACAUCUUCCUCUAAAGUCACCGACGACAAGGACUCAGCUCUUUUCACUUUUAUCAGCUGGAUAUUGAUCAUCGGUAAAUUUGACUGAAGUACAUUUGCGCAUACAUGUGCGCUCAUGGCUGCGCCCAAGUGUGCGGGAACCCUGAGGGACCUUCAGCUGGCUCUGCAGCUGAAGAUCGAGGAGCUCAGACAGCGAGAUGCUCUCAUCGAUGAGCUGGAGCUGGAGUUGGACACCAAGGAUGAUCUGAUCAGACAGCUGCAGAUAGAGCUGGACAGGCAUCGCAACGUGUCACAGCACGCAGCCACUUCCACGGAGACAGCCAACACAGAAGCUGCGGCGCCGCCUCCAGCAGCGCCGGACGAGCCUCAGCGCACUAAGAGACAGGCCAUCUCUGCAGAACCCACAGCACUGGACCCCUCCAAGCUCACAGACGUUACACUGACCAGCUACUGCAAGAGCAAGGAGUCCAGUGAGCUGAUCCAGAGGGCUCUAAUGGGCAAUGACUUCAUGAAACACCUGGAACACGGGCAGAUCCUCACCAUCAUGGACUGUAUGUAUCCGACCAGCCUGGUUAAGAGCUGCUGCGUCAUCCAGGAAGGAGAUGACGGCUCCACGGUCUACGUUCUGGAGGAGGGAACAGUCGAGGUGACCAAACAAGGAAAGAAACUGUGCACUAUUGGUCCAGGAAAAGUCUUCGGGGAAUUGGCCAUUCUGUACAACUGCACUCGCACUGCAACUGUAACAGCUCUCACUGACAUCAAACUCUGGGCGAUCGACCGUCAGAUUUUCCAGACCAUCAUGAUGAGGACCGGUCUGAUCAAACAUUCCCAGUACACAGACUUUCUCCGCAGCGUUCCCUCUUUCCAGUCGUUACCUGAGGACAUUCUCAGCAAAAUGGCUGAUGUUUUGGAGGAGACUCAUUACGGUGACGGUGAUUACAUUAUCCGUCAGGGAGCCACUGGAGACACAUUUUUCAUCAUCAGUGAAGGACAGGUGAAGGUGUCUCAGCAGAACUUGGCAAAUGAGGAUCAGGUGAUGGAGAAGACGCUGUCCAAAGGGGAGUGGUUCGGAGAGCAGGCUCUGCAAGGCGAGGACGUCCGCACAGCCAGUGUCACAGCCGUGGGGGAUGUCACAUGUCUGGUCAUCGAUAGAGAGUCCUUUAAACAGCUGAUUGGAGGACUGGAGAAUGUCAACAACAAGCAGUAUGACAGCGAUGAGCUCAAGGCAAAACUUCAGGUAGAGGCAGACUUCUUUUCCAGUGUGUCGCUUAGUGAUUUCAACAUCAUCUGCACUUUGGGGGUGGGAGGUUUCAGUCGUGUAGAGCUGGUUCAUUUGAGGAACGAGACCAAUCGAUCAUUUGCCCUGAAGGUGUUAAAGAAAUGCCACGUCUUGGACACUAGCCAGCAGCACCAUAUCCUGUCAGAGCGUCGCAUCAUGUUGGAGGCACAUAGUCCUUUCAUCAUCAGGUUGUAUCGCACUUUUAAAGACUCCAAAUAUCUUUACAUGCUGCUUGAGGCGUGCCUUGGAGGAGAGCUGUGGACACUACUGAGAGAGAGGGGUUCAUUUGAUGACAGCACCACACGUUUCUACACGGGCUGCGUCAUAGAGGCUUUUGCUUUUCUGCACUCCAGAGGAAUCAUCUACAGAGAUCUCAAACCAGAGAACAUCAUCCUGGAUCACCGUGGAUACGCCAAACUGGUAGACUUUGGCUUUGCAAAGAAGGUCGGUCUGGGUAAGAAGACGUGGACAUUUUGUGGGACUCCUGAGUACGUUGCUCCUGAAAUCAUCCUGAACAAAGGCCACGACAGUUCAGCCGACUGCUGGUCUCUGGGUAUACUGAUCUUUGAGCUGCUCAGUGGCAGUCCUCCAUUUUCAGAUUCUGAUCCAAUGAAGACCUAUAAUAUCAUCCUGCGAGGCAUCGACAUGGUUGAGUUCCCUAAAAAGAUCACCAAAAGCGCUGCUAACCUCAUCAAGCGCCUCUGCAGAGACAAUCCUUCAGAGAGGCUGGGGAAUCAGAAAAACGGAGUAAAGGACAUCCAGAAACACAAGUGGUUUGAAGGCUUCAACUGGGAAGGCCUUCGUCAAGGAACCAUAGACUCUCCGUACACACCCACAGUGAAAGGACCUCUGGACAACAGCAACUUUGACUUUUUCCCAGAGGACACCGAUGAUCCUCCUCCUGAUGAAGAUUCUGGUUGGGACCUUGACUUUUAACAGAAAAUGACGACCAUCUGAAUCAGAAGAGGAUUUGU